AUGGCGCAGCCUCUGGAUCUCGCGAAGACUCUCGUCAAGUCUGUCAUGCGUGCCUUUUACGAGACGCGCUUCAUUUUGAUCAUCGAUGCCUUGAUCAUUCACUCUGCCCUUCGAGACGACGACUUGGCCUACCUGAUGGCAACGAACACAAAGGAUCUCCACAAGGCAUGUGGAAAGCUUAGAGAAGACCGAUUUCUAGCUGUGUAUACGAGGCUAGAAUACCGAGAAGAUCCCAAGAACCCUGAGGCAAAGCCACGUCCUGUCAACCGAACAUACUACUAUAUCGACUACCGCCAAACCAUCGACGCCAUCAAAUGGCGGGUGUAUACAGUCGACAAGCAAAUCCAAGGCACCACGGUCUCAGCCAGCGAACGCAAGGAAUACUUUUGUGGACGAUGCAAAUCAGAAUGGACGCAAAUGGAGGUGCUAGACAACGUUGGCCCUACUGGCUUUGUCUGUCACAGGUGCAAUGGCCCACUCACGCACGAUCUCGAGCGCAACUCCACGGGCCACGAGCAGUCGACACGACUGAAUAACCAGUUCAAGUUUAUCACCGAAUUGCUACCGCGCAUAGACGAGAUGAUCGUUCCGGAUAACACCUUCGAUAUCGCCAUCAGUAAAGCCUUGCCAGUUGUCCGCGACGCCAGUUACACGAGCGUAACCACCAUCCCCGUUUCGUCCUUGCAACCAACAUCCGUCAAGGGUCUCGAUAACGUUGGACCCAAGUCCAUGUCAGUCAGCAUCUCAACGGCGGACGGACUUUCAGAGGCUGAAAAGGCAGCGGAGAAGGCCCGCAAGGAGAAGGCCGCACUGCAAAAUGCGCUUCCUUCGUGGAUGUCCAACAGUACGGUCACGGGCGAGUCCUUCUCGGCCGAGGCCAACCCAAUGCCCGCCACCAAGGUUGAGGAGGUGGACGACAAGGGAGCUGUGUCAAAGUCAGCAGACAAUACAGAACAUGCAGAGCUGGAUGACUAUUUCGCUCGACUUAAGGCCGAGCAAGAAGCUGAGGCAGCGCGGGCAAUGGAGGAGGAGGAAGAUGAUGACGACGAUGAGGAAGAAGACGCCUUCGAAGAUGUCACGCCGAACAUCGCAACCCCGGCACCGGCUAUAAAAGCUGAGCCCUCACCGGAAUCGGAAGGAAGAGCAGUCAAGAAGGUCAAGGUGGAGGCGCCAGCGGACGGCGAUGAUGGCGAGAGUGACGAAGACAUGGAGUUUGAGGAUGUCUAG